AAUCGCCAUAUUUUAAGGCUUAUGAACCCUAGGGGUCGAGCAAAAGACCAAUCAAUAUCUCGAAUUGAAGGAUAACUUUAAGAAAGGAAGCAAAAAUCGAAGAUGGUGGGGCUGCCAUAUGAUUGCCUUGCAAACCCACUGGGAGCCGUCCGGUUGACAUUCGAGAAGGUGGUGGCCUCCGGCUCGGAUCCGGCUGCACUUGAUGGCAACGACUGGGGCGCCACCGAUCUUUUCCGUCAGUUUCUAUAUGAUGAUGGCGGUCUCUCUCAGGUGCCAUUGCUUAACCCAUCAACAGUUAAAUGGGUUCUGCCUAACACACUUGUUCGCUUUCGUGGUAUGGUACAAGACAUGUUGGGCAAUGAAUACUAUGUUGGUGCUUACAAGGAUGGUGACAAGUGGAGAACAAAUAAGUUUGCCGAUGUUUCCCAAUGUCCUGUUGACGCUUCAUCUGAUAUGCGAAUUUGGGAGCGCCGACUACUUUAUUGUGUACCUGUUCCAGGGCAGAACUCAUGGGUUGAAUCUUCUAAUGAAUCUAUGAAGAAUGUGUACACAAAUUAUAUAUCCCCGCAAAGGGAGAAGCGCCAGAGGGAAAAUGGUGCAACCAUGAGUGAUGUUGAUGUUGUGGAGGCAGGUGGUGUCCCUGAGGAUUCUCCAAAUGCUAAAAGGAUGAGGGAUGAAGGAUUGGCUCCAGAGUCGUUAAACUUGCAGAAUAAUGUAUCUGAAGGAAGCUCUACUAGUUCUGGUUUGAUUCCUGUUGAAAAGAGUUCUUUCUCCUGCCUAGUGAAGAUAUAUGACUCUCCAGAAACGAACUUGAAGCUAAAUGAUGUUUUUGAGUUUGUUGGCAUCUUCACUUUUGAUCCGGAUACCACUGUAAAACGAGAUGAUGAUGAUGAUGAUGAACUGACAGAGAACUUUGAAGAUUCAUUACUUCAUCUACCUCCUAACAAUGUGCCUCGACUUCACUGUGUUUUACACCGGAAGCUUGAGGCUACUGAUUAUAUUUUGAGCCCUCAGUGGGAAUUAACGCCCAGUGCAAUUAAAGAAGUUCGUGAAUCUCUUAUUGGACAUCUUGCUGCUGUUCUUGGAAAUGACAGGAUGGCAGCUGAAUACAUGUUAUUGCACCUGUUAUCCAGGGUGCACGCAAGAGUAGAUUCAAUUGCUGUAGGCAAGUUAUCUCUAAAUCUCACUUGCCUUGGCAAAGAAAGUAUGUCUGUGUUUGGGAAUCAUCUCAAAUGUGCUAUAGAGAACCUUGUACCUUUCACGCAAUGCCUGCCUCUUACAAUCGAUUAUCUCAACACUGUUUCCCUUGCCCCGAAGAAGGAUUACAGCACAAACAGGCAAUCAUCAGAUAAAUAUAGUCCUGUGCACAGGUUGGUACCUGGGUUUCUGCAGUUAGCUGAAGGUUCGCACCUAAUCAUUGAUGAGACCCUAUUACAGACUGGAAUCCUGAACUCAACUGGGGUUGAAAAUGCAAGAAUUUUGAAAAACAUGAUGGAGUUGCAGAAGGUUGAGUAUGAUUUCACAUAUUAUAAAAUGGAGAUGGCUGCGAAUAUUCAACUGCUGAUCCUGUCUGAUGGGAAAUCAAACAUCCUGCCAGCUGAUCUUGUUCUCCCUCUUUAUCCAUCUUCAGUCGGGUGCAGUUCAGUAGUGAAUGAAGAAAUGUUGAAUGCUUGGAGAUGGUAUUUGGCUACCAUGCAGUCUCUGUGUCAUUCGAUUGAGCCACAUAUGCAGAAGAUUGUCGAAGAUGAUUUAGUUGCUGCCAGGCAAGCUGACAGAAGUUUAGGCAGCCAUGAAUUCAGCAGAUGGCUUACAAUGGGCCGCCUUAUGUCGGUGAGCUUUGGUGAGACGAGUCUGUCCAUGGAGCACUGGCAAAUGGUGAAAGAACUCGAGAGGCUCAGAAAGGAGAGACUUAGCUGAAUUCAAUCUAAUGCAAUCACAUUGUUGUAAAUUCAAUCUACUUUCAGUAACUGUUGAACGCAUUAGUGUCAUUUAUAAGCCCCUUUUGGCUGAAUCUGACUGAAAAAAUAGAGUAAUGAGGUGCGAAUUUCUAUUUUGGCUCGGCUUUUGUUAUUAAAAAUAAUGCGAUUUCUACACUUUGAAAAGGCAUCACUAUUGGGCAGACGGUGCUUAGAAAACAAAAUCCCUUAUUUUGUUAAACAUAUAUUCAAGCAUACAUAAAUUAGACAAGGCAGUUUAUUAAACUCUGCAGUUUUUUAAACUUUGCCUGAAAUGAAUGUGUUUUGAUGGGCGAGUUGCUAAAUAAAGCUUGCAUAGAAUGUCUAAAAAA